UAUACAUAGAUCAACGGAGCAGUGACGGUGACGGGGGGAACGACUUCUCAGUUCUCUGUACAAAGAUCCCGUUCCGGCCGCUGCAAUCGCCUAUCCAAGGCUGCGACUGGAUUCGAUCUGAUCAAUCAGCUCCGACGAUCGGAGGUUCGGCAAUGGAUGAGUACCCGGAGGAGCUGCGGACCCCGCCGGUGGCCCUGGUCUCGCUCGUGGGGUGCCCCGACCACCACCCCACGAUCUCCGCCCACCUCCACUCUCAGCAGCCUCCCAUCAACGUCCUCGCACUGCCCGACUUCUCUAAGGUUCCGGUAGUCCUGGCGAAGAAAGUGAAGGACUCGGUCGGCGGAGAUCCCCCUGGCGGUAUACUCAAGCGCGACUGGCUGCUCAAGCACCGCACUAAGGUCCCGUCCCUUGUGGCGGCGCUUUUCAGCUCGCUCGACGUCUCCGGCGACCCCGCUCAGUGGCUCCAGGUCUGCAGCGACCUCGAAAACCUCAAAGCCGCAAUUCGUCCUCGGAAUGUCAAGCUGGUUGUUGUCGUGGUCUUGCAAUCGGCUUCUGCGGAUGAUAUUAAUGAAGAUCGAAUGAUUGCUUUGCGGAAGCGAGCUGAGGUGGACUUGAAGUACCUUCUUAUCUAUACCCCUGAUGAUGCUUCAGAACUGAAACAAUCUCUUGAGAGGCUAGGGAGUGCUUUUUCUGAAUUAGCUAGUACAUACUACAGGGAAGAAGGACGUAGAAUUAGAACAAAGGUGGAGAAGAAGAGCUUUAGUUAUCCCGAGUUACAUAUUCGCUAUUGCUUCAAAGUGGCCAUAUAUGCAGAGUUUCAAAGAGAUUGGAUUGAAGCACUGAGGUUUUACGAGGAGGCUUAUCGCAUACUACGAGAGAUAAUUGGCACCUCGACGAGACUGCCCCCAAUUCAGCGCUUGGUUGAGAUUAAAAGUGUUGCAGAGUAUUUACAGUUCAAGAUAUCAACUCUUUUGCUGCAUGGUGGAAAGGUUGGGGAGGCAGUUCAAUGGUUCUACCAGCAUAAUGUUGCAUACAAAAGAGUUGUUGGAGCACCAGAAGCUCCAUAUCUCCAUUGGGAAUGGAUGAGCAGGCAGUUUUUAGUUUUUGCUGAACUGCUGGAAACAAGUUCUGCCACAACCCAGAGCAUUUCAUCCCUUGCAUCCAGUGGUGCUGAUAGAACUCUGACAGAGUGGGAAUUUCGUCCUGCAUAUUACUAUCAGUUGGCGGCAACGUACUUGAAAAAGAAGCAGUCCUCUCUGGACAUUUCGCUGUCAAUGUCUGAAAAUGCUGCUGAGACCGACAGCAGUGUUGAUUCCGUGGUACCCUCUAGCUAUGUGGGACAAUUUGCUCAAUCGCUUGAACAGGGAGAUGAACUGUCUAUGCAGCCUCUCACUGAUGAAGACUAUAUCCAAUACACCCUGGUGGAAGGGAAGAGAUUUCAAGAUUCCUAUGAAAUUAUCGCACUGCUAAAGAAAUCCUAUGAAUCUUACUGUAACCUUAAGGCCCAGAGGAUGGGCUCUAUUUGUGGGUUGAAAAUGGCAAAAGAGUACUUCUCCCUUAAUGACUACACCAAUGCAAAGCCGCACUUUGAAGGUAUUGUCACUUUAUAUAGACGAGAGGGAUGGGUCACUCUGCUGUGGGAAGUGUUAGGGUAUCUGCGAGAGUGCUCAAGGAAGCUUGGUGCAGGGAAGAGUUUCAUAGAAUAUUCCCUCGAAAUGGCUGCUUUGCCUGUUCCUCCAGGCAUCAACAUUACAUUUCUUGGACUUAUGGAAUCGGGGCCCAGUGGACCACCAUGUCUGCAGCAGAAAGAGUGUAUUCAUAAGGAGGUCCUGUAUCUCAUUGGUAAAGAUUCUGGAGAUGGAUCAUCAGUUGAAGAAAGCACUAAUCUGAGACUGACUGAAGAAAACCCGCUUCAUCUAGAGAUUGAUCCCGUCAGUCCCCUUAGGACAGUGUUGCUUGCCUCCGUUGCUUUCCAUGAACAGAUGAUAAAGCCUGGUGCAUCUACCUUUGUUACUUUAUCGCUUCUCUCGCAGUUGCCCCUCAGUGUCGAAAUUGAUCAGAUAGAUCUUCAGUUCAAUCAAACAGACUGUAACUUCACCAUUAUAAAUGAAGAAAGAUCUUCGUCAACCACCACGACCUAUGCCGCAGAACAGAAUCAAAGGACGGAGACUGCUUCUUCUCUAAUGCUCACAGCGAACAGAUGGCUCCGCUUGACAUAUGACAUUAAGUCAGAACAAAGUGGGAAACUGGAGUGUGCAUUGGUGGUUGUGAAACUUGGACCGCACUUCACGAUUCUCUGCAGAGCUGAAAGUCCUGCCUCAAUGGAUGAUUUGCCACUUUGGAAGUUCGAGGAUCGAGUGGAGACUUAUCCUACCAAAGAUCCAAGCCUAGCAUUGACCGGUCAGAAGGCCACCCAAGUUGAAGAACCAGAACCACAGGUGGACCUCACUUUAGGUGCCAUGGGCCCUGCAUUGGUUGGAGAGAGCUUCAUGGUUCCUGUCACAGUAUCAGCAAAGGGCCACAGUGUUUAUUCUGGUGAAUUGAAAAUCAAUUUGGUUGAUGUGAAAGGAGGUGGGUUGUUUAGUCCAAGAGAGACCGAAGCAUCUUCCCUGGACAGUCAUCAUGUUGAACUUCUUGGCAUUGCUGGAGCAGAAUGGGAAGACGAAUCUCAAUCGGGUUCUGAUGGUAAUAUUAAUAGAAUUCAGCAUUCUUUUGCUUUGGUCUCUGUCCCAAGCAUUAAGAAUGGAGAAACAUGGUCCUGCAAAUUGGAGAUCAAGUGGCAUCGCCCGAAACCGAUCAUGUUGUUUGUAUCUCUAGGAUACUCUUCCCAAGAAAACGAGUCGGCUUCUCAGAUAAUCCAUAUCCACAAGAGCCUGCAGAUUGAAGGAAAGACCGCAGUCACGAUUAAUCAUCGGGUCAUGCUCCCCUUCAGGCGGGACCCACUGCUACUUUCAAGGGUUAAACCAUCUAAUGAGGCCGAUCAAUUGAUUUCAUUGCCGUUCAGAGAGUCCAAUGUGCUUAUAGUGAGUGCUAGGAACUGCACGGAGGUUCCACUACAGGUGGAAUCUCUGUCCAUCGAAACUGAUGUUGACUCUGGCUCCGCAAGCACGUCAUGUUGCAUAAAACCGGGAACUGGCACUGGGUCCCCAGGCCCUGCUCUUCUGGUUGCAGGGGAGGAGCUUAAGAAGGUCUUUACUGUGGUUCCAGAGGUGGACUCCUCGCCCCUUAGUCUAGGGACUGUGUGUUUACGGUGGAGGAGAGAUUCUGGAUCGCAUGAUCUGUCCACUUGCACCAUCAUAACAACCAAACAGAGGCUUCCUGAUGUAAAUGUUGAGGUAUCCCCGUUGAUCUUGAGCUUGGAGUGCCCUCCUUAUGCAGUCCUCGGAGACCCCUUCACGUACUUUGUUAAGAUCCAGAACAAAACGCCCCUCCUCCAGGAGGUGAAGUUCUCACUAGCCGAUUCCCAGAGCUUUGUGAUGUCAGGAUCCCAUAAUGGAACCAUAUCCGUUCUCCCAAGGUCUGAUCACAUCCUGAGUUACAAGCUUGUACCGCUCUCCUCCGGAACUCAGCAGCUGCCAAAGUUUGCCCUUACUUCAGUGAGGUACUCAGCUGGGUUCCAGCCUUCUGCUGCCGCUUCGACUAUCUUUGUGUUUCCCUCAAAGCCGCACUUUAAGGGAGCUAAUGACGGAGAAAAACAGUUAGAAACUGUUGCAGCCAUCUAAACUUCAGAGAAACCAGGAGCUUUCGACGGUCUUGCCUCAAUGAACAGAAAUUAUUUGAACAAGCAGGGUGAGACUGUGGGUAGAUUUGUAUACCAAUGGUCCUUGGGAUGAGAGGAAGCUUCUUGACGAUGUCGGGUUCUAUGUUCUCUCUCCUUUCUUCGAGCCCGAAUCACGAUGGAAUUGAAUCGGACUCAGUCCCUUGCGAAUCAAGUAAGGUUGCUCAAGAAACUUGGAAAUCCAUGAUACGAUAUCAUUUAGUACCCGAAGAAGAGUUUCAUACGAUUGGACAAUGUUGUGAGCGAUAGAAUGAUUCAAAUUCGUUGAUGUUCAUGUUCGAACUUCAUGGUUUAAUUAAAACUGAUCAAUCAAAUCACAAAAAGCGAAAUAAUUCCUUCUGUUUCUUUAUGAAAUUUAUUUACAGGAAUG